AAACGCAUUCCGCGCGGGGUGGGGGUGCGCGUCGCGUCGCGUCGCGGGGAGGAGACGCCAGAGAGACGCGUCGCGUCGCGGGCGGAGCUGCAGGGAGUCGCGCUCUGAACGCCGGUGGUCGCGGUUCUGCUCGCCUGAAACGGAGCGCACCGGAUCGAACGGAAAGCGCCGCCGGUUCACCGAGAGUUAGCGCGCAGGAAGAGACGAGCGGAGCGGAGGGAUGGUGGAUAACAGCGGCAGCGGCAAAACGCAGAUGGAGGCUGGUUUGGGUGGGUUUCCCCACAGCGGCUCCGCAGGAGUGAAGCUGGAGCAAAUGAUGGAGCAUCUUCAGCGGCAGCAGCAGGCGCGUCUGGAGAUGGAGCACAAGGAGCGCAGGCUGCGUGAAGCUCACAUCAUGUACGCGCAGCAGCUCGCGGCUCAGCAGGCCGUUCUGGCCGCCGCUCGGGCUUCAGGAGCCGGGUUCAUGAGCAGGGGCCUCGGCGCUUCUGGGGCCGGACAUCCAUCCCGUGUCUCCAAUCAAAGCAGUUUGGACUCCGAACGCGACCGGGACUCGGAUGAUGAUGAUGGGAUGAUGGAGGGUGAUGAAGGUAGCGAGGAAGAUGAGCGGCCCUUCGGGAGCUUCUCGGGCCCCGGGGCCGCCGCAGAUGCGCAGAGAGCUCCGUCACCCGGCGUCAGGGUCAAACAGGAGCCCGAGGACGAUCUCUCACCCGUCGGGCGACCGUCUGUGUCUUCUCCUAAUGGCCAAGCGUACUGGAGCUACGAGGAUCACUUUAGAGCGAACGGCGGUGUAUCCUGGCCGGAUGAUGUGGAUGUUGCUCGUGGAAGAGGGGAAGCGUCCAGAGAUUUCGCCAAGUUAUAUGAGCUGGAUAACGACCCGCAAAGGAAGGAGUUUCUGGACGACCUUUUCACCUUUAUGCAGAAACGAGGGACUCCGGUGAACAGGAUCCCCAUCAUGGCGAAGCAGGUUCUGGAUCUGUACAUGCUGUAUAAGCUGGUGACGGAGAAGGGCGGACUGGUGGAGGUCAUCAACAAGAAGAUCUGGAGAGAGAUCACCAAGGGUCUCAACCUGCCCACGUCCAUCACCAGCGCCGCGUUCACGCUCCGCACGCAGUAUAUGAAGUAUCUGUAUCCGUACGAAUGCGAGCGGAAAGCGUUGAGUUCUCCCAGCGAGCUGCAGGCUGCCAUCAACAGCAACCGGCGCGAAAGCCGUCGAUCCAGUUACAGCAACAGCCUGUUCCGCUUUAGCCCCUCCUCCGGCUCCGCCCCUCACCUCCUGACCCCGCCCAAGAUGCACCUGUCAGCGCUGGGGGCCAUAGGGGCCCUGAAUGGACUGCAGGCGUCCCCGGGGCCAUCUCUGAAGAAGGGACUGAAUGAUGGCCGCUCGUCCUGCGUGGCGCUGGCGUUUGGGCAGCAGCAGGCGGCGGGUCUGGCGCGGGCCGCAACACUGGAGCAGCUCCGAGAGAAGCUGGAGACGGAGGCACAUGAG